AUGGCAGACAGCGCGUGGACGGAUAAUAUCAUUCUCAAGGUCGUAAAUAUCGUAGCAUACCUCCUCCUCGCGGGUUCUAACAUCUAUAACGUUGCCGGUCCCGGAUAUAGCAGUGGAAAGGAAACCUACGUCACUCCAGCUUCCUGGGUGUUCUACAUCUGGUGGCUGAUCCAUCUCCUCCUCUUCGGCUUCAUCAUCUACCAGUUCUACCCCGCCGGCAAGAAAACCAUCAUUGAUGGUAUCUCAUGGCGUUUCUCUUUCUUACUGGUCUUGAAUGCCAUUUACGUUAACACAUGGGCUACACAUCACUACCGAGUCGCCCUUAUCUUUGCGCUCUUUGUGAGCAGCACGGUCAGUCAUAUCUACUGGAUUAUAAAGAAGCAUCACCAGCGGGAGCAGUGGCCCGAUGAGCUCUUCAUCCAUCUUCCCUUCUCUCUUUAUCACGGUUGGACCCUCGUCCUCGUGAUCCUAUCAAUCUUCGAAGCCUUUGGAGUCAAUGCUCUCAAACAUUCACCAGGAGUCAUCACCAAAGUUCUCGUGUUCCUUGCUCUUCUCUUCCUUGAAUCAACGAGCGUUGCGUAUGCUUAUUCGAGCGAGGAGGGAGACCUGGCUGGAGCGAUUGCCAUCGCGUGGAGUCUAUGGGCCAUAUUUGAUCAACAAAGGUCGGACGAGUUUAUCCAUUGGUCCGCUUUCGCUUUCGCUCUACUUUCGCUCUUCAGCGUUGCGAAGGCGCUUUGGAGCACGAUUUCUACGCACCGUGGAGGAGGGAGUAUCUUGCAUGAUGAGGAGAGGGCACCUCUUGUGGCAGGUUGA